AUGGCAACUUCGAACGAGUUGGAACUCGAAGGACUUCGAAGAAAGAUCUUUGAAUUCUAUGAUUCGCACUGUAAAUUCCAGGUCUUGAAAACUCUGGAACCUAAGAGACACAAUGGCGUUCCUCAAGAUCUUUUCGUUCUCGACGCCUGCUUCAAUCCACCAACGACAGCUCAUUUAUCUUUGGCCGCCUCCGCUUUCAAAGGUCACUAUUCCUCGUCUACAAGCAGAUUGGUGUUGUUGUUCUGCACCAAUGGAACAAGGAGAGCACCCAGCCCAGCUACUGUGGAGGAUCGAGUUGAGAUGAUCAGGCUUUUGGUCAUGGAGCUUCACGAACAGUAUCCUGAGUCGCUUGGCGCCGCUUUCGAUAUCGCCUUGACAAAGGAAACUACAUUUUUCAAGAAGAGUACAGCAAUUGCGACUGCUUCUCAAACCGAGUUCCCGGCGUUGUAUAGGGAGGCUGAGACUCAGCCCUGCAAACCUAGACAGAUCUUUCUCCUCGGAUCCGACAACUUCUUCAGGGUAUUGCAACCAGAGUUCUACCCAGGGUUUGAUCCUCCUUUGUCUGCGCUUGGUCCGCUCUUUGACAAUGCGAUAGAGUUUACCAAAGCGAACAGCAAGACAUCGACGACGGUUCAAUCGUUCGAGGCACUGGAGAAAGAUCUGCAAGAUGCAAAGGGUAAUAUUGAUCCUGGGUUGCUUCUAGAUCUAAGAAGUGCAAUGGCCAGCGUUUGGUCUCGACUGCUGCACUUUGAAACCAUCAUUGUCGUGGACGGCUUCAUGCUGUACCCUGACGAAGCGUUAAAGGACAUGUUUGACAUCAGACUCAUGCUGCGGGCAUCGCGCGAAGAGAGCUGGCGAAGAAGGUCGAGUGGGUAUGGCAACCUGAGCGAGGGCGAGAAAGAGUUUUGGCAGACAAAGGCGUACUUUGAUGCAUGUGUGUGGCACAAUUACGAGCUGGAGCACAGGCCGCUGUUUCCUGACGGUGACGUCCAAGGCCUUGUUGAUACUGAAGUCACAACUGUCUUGCAUGGAAUCGCAAUACAACCAGAAGUCGACUCCAGCUUCUCAGACACGCAUCGCUGGGUAGUCAAUGCAAUCAUCCAAGGUGUUGAGCGCAAGACUUCCUGA